AUGGACCUGACAAUUACGCCUUCCCCUCAUGUCCCCUCAUGGAUCGUACCGGCGGCAUCCGGCGCCCUUCUCAUCUCAGGCGCCGUCUUCUGCGACAUGUGCUAUGCCCUCAUGUUCAUCCGCUCCCACGCCACAAAACACGAGUGGCGCCACGCGUCGCUUGUCGCGGAGAACGUUGGCGUUAUCUUGGCGCCCAUGGUCGUCCUGGGCUGCGCGGCAAACCAUGCCGUCGCGGGCUGGUGGCUGUCGGCGCCGGGCACCGGGCACGGUGACAAGAAUGGCAAGUGA